GGAGGGGAGAAGAGGGGCAGCAGGCGAUGAACUCAGAGAUUGCAGUGCCACGCUGGGCUUUGUCCUCGGGGCCGUCACGUGUGAGCUGGAGCGGGACCAUUGACCUGAGCGAGGAGGAGCAGGCAGUGGUGUUUGCUUUUUAUUGGAUCAUGGAGUUCCUGCCGCCCUUCCAGCGCGUGCUGCAGCCCGAGGAGAUGUGGCUCUACAAAAACCCCUACGUGGAGGCGGACCGUGUGCCCACCGUGCUCAUGUUUUUCAUCGCGUUUCUGUCUCCCUUGUUGCUCAUCAUCCUGGCGAGGCUGUUCCUGGGCGCUGACCACGAGGACACGAGGGAAGCCUGUCUUGCUGCCAGCCUGGCUCUUGCCCUGAACGGGGUUUUUACCAACGCCCUGAAGCUCGUUGUGGGGAGGCCACGGCCUGACUUCUUCUACCGCUGCUUCCCCGACGGCCGGGCCAAGCCGGAGCUGCUGUGCACAGGGGACGCCCGCAGGGUGAGCGAGGGCAGGAAGAGCUUCCCCAGCGGCCACGCUUCCUUUGCCUUUGCUGGUCUUGCCUUCUCUGCCUUCUACCUGGCAGGGAAGCUGCAGAGCUUUGUUCCAGGCCGGGGGGGCCGAGCCCUGCGCUUCUGUGCCUUCCUCCUCCCCCUCUUCCUGGCCACCCUCAUUGCUGUGUCCCGCACCUGCGACUACAAGCACCACUGGGAAGAUGUGUUGGUUGGCUCAGUGAUGGGCCUGGUGCUGGCAUACCUGUGCUACAGGCAGUACUACCCUCCCCUGACAGACAGCUCGUGCCACAAACCAGCUCUGGCCAAGCCCAAAGCGCUGCCGGCGCACGAGGAGAAGCCUCCAGCUCCCAGCUUCCACAUGAGCAUUUAGUGAUGGGCCCUGGGCAGGGGGGAGGCUGCUCAGGAGGAGUGGCUCCCAGGAGGAGGAGCCCCUGGGCAGGUGUUCCCUGCUCAGCAGGUGAGUUUCCUGCCCUGGCCCUCGUGUUGCUUCAUCCCGUUGGAUUUUGUAGGCCAGCCCCUCCUGAGGCCAGGGAGGCACUCAGGUGCCAGCCUGUGGAAAGACAGUUGGGGUGUGAAGGUCCUGAACAAGAACUGGGAAAAUGGGACAACCCAGAGUGCCCAGCCUGGUGGGAGUUCCUGUGUCCAGUCCAGGAAGCACCAUUGGUCACCUCCCUGCAGUCCAGCCCAGCUGUCCCAGCCCUUCUCCUGGGAAAUGAAGUGCAGGACCUGGCAACUUUUGAGUUUUUCUAAUUUCCCAAAUA